AUGGACCGGACCGAACGCCAGGACUGGUUGUUCUUGGUGAAACGCACCUUCGACCAGACUCCCAUGCCGUACACUGCAUUGAUGGGAAACAAAGCAGACCUUUCGCACAUUAGAGCCGUGAAGACGGAGAAGCACAGCCAGUUCGCGGACGAGAAUGACUUGUACAGCUACUUUGUUUCAGCGCGAACCGGAGAUCAGGUUCAUUCCGCUUUCUUCCGGAUCGCAGCGGACCUCGCCGGUGUGUCCUUGACGAGACCUGAGCUGGAGGUGGAACAAAAGAUCACUCGAGCUGAAGUGGUGAACCACCCACGCAACGACCCAGCCCAUCCAGAGGUCAAUGCUGAAGACGUCGGCAAAGAGAAGAAGUGCACUGUGAUGUAG